AAGCAAUCGAGCGCAGAGUUGUAGCGAACGCUGAUGCAACACACUGACAGCAGGUCUUAUUCACCCGCGUCUCACCGGCACAAGACACCGCUUCUGAGACUCUGCACCAUGGCGGAUCAGCUGAGUCCAGAUGAGAAGCUCCACCUCAUAACUAGGAACCUCCAGGAGGUCCUCGGGGAGGAGAAGCUGAAGCAGGUUCUUCAGGAGAGAGAGGUGAAGGUCUACUGGGGCACAGCGACCACCGGGAAACCCCACGUAGCUUACUUUGUCCCGAUGUCCAAGAUAGCAGACUUCCUCAAGGCUGGAUGUGAGGUCACUAUUCUGUUUGCAGACUUGCAUGCCUUCCUAGACAACAUGAAGGCCCCCUGGGAGCUGCUGGAGCUCAGGGUGAAGUACUACGAGCAGGUCAUCAAGGCCAUGUUGGAGAGCAUUGGGGUGCCCCUGGAUAAACUCAAGUUUAUCAAAGGAACGGACUACCAGCUCAGCAGAGAGUACACUCUGGAUGUCUACCGUCUGUCCUCCAUGGUGACGGAGCACGACGCUAAGAAGGCUGGAGCCGAGGUGGUCAAACAGGUGGAUCAUCCCCUGCUGAGUGGUCUGCUCUACCCGGGUCUGCAGGCUCUGGAUGAAGAGUACCUGAAGGUGGACGCACAGUUUGGAGGAGUUGACCAGAGAAAGAUUUUCACUCUGGCAGAGAAGUACUUACCUUCACUUGGCUAUGCUAAGCGCUCCCAUCUGAUGAACCCGAUGGUACCUGGACUGACAGGAGCCAAGAUGAGCUCCUCAGAGGAGGAGUCAAAGAUCGACCUGCUGGACUCUGCUGGAGAUGUGAAGAAGAAGCUGAAGAAGGCUUUCUGUGAGCCGGGAAACAUCCAGAACAACGGAGUCCUCUCCUUCGUCAAAUAUGUCAUCUUCCCUCUACGCGGAGAGUUCUGCAUCAAAAGGGACCCCAAGUUGGGAGGAGACAAAAUCUACACUGACUUUGAAGAGGUGGAGAAGGACUUUGCGGCGGAGUCGGUCCACCCAGGAGACCUGAAGGCCUCGGUGGAAGUAGCUCUGAACCAGCUGCUGGAUCCAAUCAGAAAGAAGUUUGAGUCGCCUGAGCUCCGCAAACUCUCCAACACCGCCUACCCCAACCUCUCAAAGACGAAAGGAGCAGGAAAGAGUGCCAAGGCAGGAGGAGGAGGAGGAGGAGGAGUGGAUGAUGAGCUGUCCCCCUCCAGAGUGGACAUCAGGGUGGGCAAGAUCAUCAGUGUGGAGAAGCAUCCAGAUGCUGACUCGCUGUUCCUGGAGAAGAUUGACGUGGGAGAGCCGGAGCCGAGGACGGUCGUCAGCGGGCUGGUGGCUUAUGUUUCACAGGAGGAGCUGCAGGACAGACUGGUGUUGGUGCUGUGCAAUCUGAAACCCCAGAAGAUGCGAGGGAUCGAGUCCCAAGCGAUGCUGCUAUGUGCCUCUGUCGAAGGGGAUCCGAGGAGGGUGGAGCCUCUGGACCCUCCAGAGGGGUCGUCGCCAGGAGAACAGGUCUUUGUCGAGGGAUAUGAGACGGGCAAACCAGACGACAGACUCAACCCAAAGAAGAAGGUGUGGGAGAAUAUACAGGCCGACCUGAAGAUAUCAGACAAGUGUGUGGCUCAGUGGAAAGACUACCAGCUGAUGACCAAACUAGGACAGAUCACAUGUAAGACACUCAAAGGAGGCAACAUCAGCUAGAUGCAUCACAUCACACCUCUGAAGCUGCUCCCGCCGGCCACAUCACCACUACAAUACCUUCAUCAACAAAAAUCACCAUGGCAACAACAGUCAUACUUGAUCUGGAGGGUUUUUCUGGAGAAUUAUGGGACAUUGAUGCCAAAAGUCUCUUUGGACAGGCUGUGACACAUUCUAUUACCUUGCUUUUAACUCUAUUAGAAUAAAUACGGUGUUUAAUGUAAUUCUUGAAAGUGUACGACACAAAUUCUUCAACUUAUAAACAUAUGAUUCAUUACGUUUUCUUUUUUUUUUUUUUACCUCUGUUGUAUGUUGUUCUUUACACACUUAAAUAUACAAAUACAAUACGAGUUUUGCAGAAGAGACAUAUUGUUACUCAUAAUGAAGGGUUGGGGUUAAUUAAUCAAAUGUCUCAGUAUUGGUUCCUGGAAAUAGCUGAUAAGGAAUCUCAGGUUUUUAAAAAGGGAAUUCAUGUGUCAGUACUUUUCUGGGUUGAAAUUGCCUUCAUGUGAACUUCAGGGCAUCUACCAAACCUGAUGAAUGAAAAAUGUUUUAUGGGUUUCAGACAUCAGAUAUCUGUAUUUAAAAAAAAAAAAAAAAAUCAACAUACCAUAUAUUAUAAUACAUAGGACGGGUGCUUUGGGGGAAGUGUACAGAAAUCAAUAUCUGGACAUUAACUGUCAUAUCAUCAUGAUGCAUCAGCUCUAACAUGAAAUAAACGCUGG